AUGGGAAAAGGGAGUCUAUGCGGGCUCUAUCAGGACAAGGUGAAAGCUAUCCAGAGCAAAGGGACGUCAACCACCGAAGGAGGCUACGAGCCGGAUCACUGGGAUGUUUACGCAUGCCAGCAACCACAACGCACCUGGCAAAGUUUGCACGAGAGGUGGCUGGUAUUCCUGAGUUCAGUGCGGUGGGUGACUCGAAACACCUACAUGAAGCGUCACAAGGACAACAGGAACGAUCCCCAAACUUUCAACUACACUUACGCGUUGACAGAUUUCGAAGGCGGUGGCAUCUGGGUUGAGCAGAGCUGGUCGGAGCCGGACUCGGACACGCAAGAAGUGAAGCCAGGUCCCUUGCCGCCUGGUCGUGUGUACGAUCUCCAGCAAGGCGACAUGGUGAAGUUUUCGCCUAACUGUUGGCAUGGGACUCAGGAGCAUCCAGGAGGACGCUUGGCGCUGAUCACUUCUGUCCGAGGAGGUAACAGUUUGAAUCAAGAUGAUCGAUGGGAUCUUGAGGAUAUCGGUUUUCUGUUGCCUCCAGAACCUCUUCUAACACCUCCACGAGAUGAGCCGGCAAAUGACCCAAAGGAUCCGAAGGUCGUUAACUACCGCCUGCAGGAGGACGACAUGGACGUGAAAGAGAAGCUCUACAAUCCGCUGUAA